GCGAAUCUGGGCGGCAGGCAGGUGUCCAGAGAGAACUGGUUGAGAGGGAAAGUCUUCCACCGAGUUCCGAAAUUGGAGUCGGGCCAUGGCGGGGAGGGGACAUGGUGACCCCAGCACGGGACCGAUCCGGGCCGUGUGCCAGGGAGGAGGGGGCCCGGGCCACGUAUUCCAAAGCGCUGUUGUUGGUCGUCGUCGUUGGUAAGGUUCCUGGGGAAGUCUAACCUAACGCCAUCGGGAGUGUAGCGAACUGCCCUCAGAGGAUGGAUUGGAGCACUUUGCAGACUAUUCUGGGGGGUGUCAAUAAACACUCCACCAGCAUUGGGAAGAUCUGGCUCACCGUCCUGUUCAUUUUUCGAAUCAUGAUCCUGGUUGUGGCUGCAAAGGAAGUGUGGGGAGAUGAGCAGGCGGACUUCAUCUGCAACACUCUGCAGCCUGGGUGCAAAAAUGUGUGCUACGACCACUACUUCCCCAUCUCCCACAUCCGUCUCUGGGCCCUGCAGCUCAUCUUCGUGUCCACACCGGCUCUCCUGGUGGCCAUGCAUGUGGCCUACCACAGGCAUGAGAAGAAAAGGAAGUUCAUUAAGGGAGAGAUAAAGAGUGAAUAUAAAGACAUCGAAGAGAUCAAAAACCAGAAGGUCCGAAUUGAAGGGUCACUGUGGUGGACCUAUACCAGCAGCAUCUUCUUCCGGGUCAUCUUUGAAGCUGUCUUCAUGUAUGUCUUCUACAUCAUGUACGACGGGUUCUCCAUGCAGCGUCUGGUGAAAUGUAAUGCCUGGCCUUGUCCCAAUACUGUGGACUGCUUUGUUUCCAGGCCCACAGAAAAGACUGUCUUCACAGUGUUCAUGAUUGCAGUGUCUGGAAUUUGCAUACUGCUGAAUGUCACUGAAUUGUGUUAUUUGCUAAUCAGAUAUUGUUCUGGAAAGUCAAAAAAACCAGUUUAAAACAUUAUAACAACUAUUAGAUAAAAAAUAGACAGCAGGAAAAGAAUGAGGCAAUCAGUGCUUAGUUGUCAAGGCCGAGUCACCAGCAUUUCCCAAGGUCAAGAUUUUUAUCUUAAAUGCAUCCGUUUGAAACUUCUGUAGCUCUCAUGCAAAACUCCAAAUGCACUCUUCUCUCCUAAACUUAAAAAACAAAGACUUGAUCCUAUGCCUAUAUUGAUUUUUACUCAAAUUAGUUCCAAUGAAACCCUGUGCUGGUAGGGGUUUUUCGUGCAAGGUAAUUUCGUAUUUUGAAGAAAGAAUAUUGGCAUUUGUUUCUAUUUCUUUGAGGAAAGGAGAGAAACACCAGGUCCUAAGGAGAAUGCGGAGAAGAGUGGGUUGCUCCUCUUAUGGUUCCUUUUGUGAUUUUCCCAUUAGUUAAAGGUAAACAUAGAUAACGUUGGUUAUUUUAUUCCCUUUGGAAGUUCUAGUCUCUAACAAUGGACAAGGUUACCUAAUGCUUUAAACUGUCAUACUUUUUUUUAAGCGAACACUUGAAAAUACAUUCUUUUGAUCUAUAGGACAUUCUGAAAACCAUUAUACGUUCCUCCUAUUUCAAAGGCUCUGAUAAUGAUAUGUAAAUGGUAUGUAAUUAGAUACUAUCAUUGCACUUAAAAUGUGGCCUCUCAGUUAUGAAUAAUUUGCAGGGUCACUGUAUUAACUGUGGUAUGUAAUCCACAAAAGCAUUACGACCUCUCUCACAUGAAAUAAACUAGAAGUUCUUAGUGAUGGUUUGACAGCCAAUGGCCUCAUUUUGCAACUUUAGGUGUAAUUUUGGAGGAGAAAUAUAGACAAUGUAUCACCAACUGCCACCAACUACAGGCUGGCUCAAGACACCCCGUCUAUCCUUUCAACAUUUGCCUUUUCCAUGACUGGUAAAGGGUGGGAACACUGAUUUAAAACAGUUUCUUGGAACUAUUUUGUUGCCACAGUACAAAACAAAAUGGCGGGGUGGGGGGGAGGUUCUAUUUUUAAAGAACAGAUGGAAAGACUAGACCAGUGAUGGUGAACCUAUGACACGCGUGUCAGAGGUGACACGCGAACUCAUUUUUUUGGUUGAUUUUUCUUUGUUAAAUGGUAUUUAAAUAUAUAAAAUAAAUAUCAAAAAUAUAAGUCUUUGUUUUACUAUGGUUGCAAAUAUCAAAAAAUUUCUAUAUGUGACACGGCACCAGAGUUAAGUUAGGGUUUUUCAAAAUGCUGGCACGCCGAGCUCAAAAGGUUCACCAUCACUGGACUAGACUCUAAAUUCUGGUGAUUAAAAUAUGAGUUUCAUCUAUUUUAAAAGUUUGUUUGCUUUCCUCUUCAGCUUUCAAUUUUUUAAAAGUGAAAAUAGAAUUAAUAGACAUUUAAAAAAAUAGACACUAUGGUUUAGAUAUAUUUAGCAGUUCUCUAGGACACAUUGAACCUUAGUAUUAUUAUCAUGAUGCUUGACCUGGUUUCCAAAAAAUUGUACUCAACAUUCUUCAAUGAGGGUAAACAUUUUUCUUUUGCCAAGAAUAGCAUUGUAAAAAUAUUUUUGUAAUAAACAAUAGCUUUAAGUA